UACCUUAGCUUGAUUAUGCCCUUCGAAUGACUCCUAACAAAGCGUUUCCGCCAGCGCCGUACUUCACGAGUAAGGAUUCGCUUCUUCGUUACCAUGAUCUAUCUCAUCACAUGGGAUAGUUUAUAAGAAGAUAAUAGGCCACGUAGCUGGCAUGGAAAGAAGCGAUGUAAUAUUCGUGCUGGUGUUUUUUCUGAGCACCGCUAUCCAUCGGCUUGAUGGUGCGGUUAGCGUGCGAGAAAUAGACAUCACCACCAAAGGAAAGACCGUCCGAGUGGAGUGUACCGUGACGGAUGAGAGAUACCAGGGGUGGUACCGCAUGGAUGGCGAAACCGAGAACAAGAUCACUGGCAAGAACUUUCUCACCGAUAAAUUCUACACUAUAGACAAGGGUGAUAAGCAUACUCUUGUCAUUAAGAGCAUUGAGGUCAAGGAUGGAGGGUACUAUAAGUGCAAGGGGGCGAAGACCAGCAAGCUCUUCCAUCUGUUUGUAGAAUUCGUUGUCUUAGAAUUCCCGAAAAGUCAGAGAUUAGAGCGAGGGCAGAGUCAGGUGAUCCGAUGUUCCGCCGAGGGCUAUCCGACCCCUCACUACCAGUGGUACAAGGACUGGAACCCCACGGUUCUGGACUAUUCUGACGACCGUUUAACGCUUCUUCCAAACGGAUCCUUGCUUAUAUCCAACGUGCAAGAAUCAGACAGCGGGAACUACACGUGUAGGAUUACCCAGCUUGACGAAGUGGGCAGGCCCAGGGAAGAGCAGAAAAACAUAGAAGUGCUUGUGUAUGGACCUCCUCGUGUCGACCUGUCCAGAUCCAGUACUGUGGUCUACUCGUACAUUGGGAAUCUGCGCGGAGACAAGUUCGAAUGCACAUUCUGGGGCUACCCCAUCCCUAAGAUGUCCAUGCAUAGAAGUGGAGCAGUAUUGAAGAACACGAAAGUGAAGGACCGCACCAUUACGGGACAUGUCACGGUUACUAGUGACGAAGACUUCGGCGACUACGAGUGCCGCGCUAGUAACGAGCUUGGGAACGCGACCCACAUCGUUCAGCUCAAGCAAGCAGGUGGUCCCGACUCUCCGACCAACAUCUCGACUGUGGUGCAUUGUGGAUACAUCUCUGUCACGUGGGACUCGCCCCUGUUCGACGGUGGACUCCCCAUAUUUAUGUAUGAGGUGGAGCUUCUCCGUGGCAACCUAGUAAUUGACAGCGCUCUGCUGAGAAACAAAAACCGGCGCUUCACUUUUAAUGGCGGCAUCGUCACACCAAGUACUGUGUACGAGCUCAGAAUCAGGGGGGAGAACGAAGCGAGCAAGGGGGAGUGGGUGAGACGCAACCUUACCUCGGAUGUCUGCCCCCCUAGUGGUAAGAUCACUAUUACCAACAAGGAGACAAACCUGGACUCCACAAACUUUGUACUAACGUGGGAGGGUCCCCCUGACCGGGGAGGCGACCCUGAUAUGAAAUACGUAGUGGAAUACACCAAGCUUGAUGGAGACGGGGGGACAUCUCAUUGGCUCUCUACGAAGGGAAUCCGGGGGAUGCAACAUAACAUCACAGGCCUCUCUAGGGGAGAGAGGUACAAAUUUCGAGUCAUCGCUGUCAAUAGGCGUGGUCGGAGUAAACCAGGGGAGAAGGACUUCAGCGUUAGUGAGGUUGCCAUCUCACCCCCUCCACCCACCACGAGCCCUCCCAUAGUUCCUCCCCCCGACCCCGAGGUAGUGUUCGAUAUGACAGUGAACUGUUCCUCCCUCCUGAUCCGAAUCGACCUCGCCCUUCAUCACUUUCCUGAUCUCGACCACAACUCCUUCCGGUUGAGAAACGAGUCGUGCGGACCUUACCAGAAGUCAAGCUCCCACGUCACCAUGGUAACCAGACUGGAUGGGUGUGGCACCACCGCCAAGCACAGGAACAUGUCCGUUACUUAUUAUAACAGUGUGACGGCCCAAGUGGUGAGCUCGAGGAGCAGAAUGCACAUCGUGGAGUUUCCCUUCAGCUGUACUUUCUACAAGAAGCGUACCAUCGGCGUACCGAGCUUCCAGCCACGCAAAAGGGUCACGGUAGUCGAAGAGGGGUUCGGUAACUUCUCAUUUGAGAUGGAUCUGUUCCGCUCCUCACAGUACAAAAAACCCUUCGAUGUCUCUGAGUACCCCGUGAAUGUGAACCCAACCUCCGAGAGGCUGUACGCGCAGACCAAGCUACUCGCGAGCGACAAGAACCUCGUGGCUCUAGCGUACCAGUGUGUCGCCACGCCCUCCGUAGAUCCCAACGACCCUACGCAGUACUCGUUUAUAGAUAAGGGUUGCGCGAUUGAUGACACAGUCAAAUUCAACUCCAUGGCGUCGCGAGCACAGCGCUUCGAGAUGGCGCCAUUCAAAUUCCGUAACGCAAAGUCAAAGACUAUCUACCUUCACUGCCGCGUCCUCGUGUGUCAUAAGGAUGAUCCGCAGUCCCGCUGUCACCAAGGAUGUCAAGCUAGCGAGAGGAGACGGAGGAGAGGGCAGGGGGAGGGUGUGGCGGCCCGGUCUGUGGUACAUAGUGUCACCCUAGGACCUGUUGGGGUGGAGACGCGACAAAAACAAUUAUCAGCACCCGACAAGCACCGCGCGCCCGGCGGCAGUAUCACAUACGUGCUAAGCAUCGUUUUCGGUACACUACUGGUCAGCGGACUCAUCUUUGUUUCCAUUGGCUACAUGCUACGGCGAUACCUGAUAAUGACAUACAGUGGCGGAAAUCACGUGAUCGUUGCUACUGACAACGACGAGAUGGAGCUCCACGAAACUGUCUCUCUUUGACGUCUGGCCUGAGCAUGCUACUAAGAAGACCUUACCGGCUUUAUAUCCAUACAGAAGUUCUGCUCGAGCAAUUCUGGAUCUCUAAUUCGUCUGUUGAAGGCUCGAUGUCAACGCCUUUCAGAGAACAAAUAAAAGAAGUGUCUUCUUUGAUUACUUUGCGAGACAAAGACGUUGAACGAGGAUAAAUAUUAAGUUAGCCUAUUUUAUAUUAUUCUGACUCUUGCUGUGCUUGUUGUGUUUUUUAUUCAAACGAACGCCUAUUUCUAUACCCUAACGAUUCUUUGCCAUCUAAUAGGCAUCAACAUUAACACAUAAUAUCUUACCUUGUAUGAAAAUGGUUAUACAUCUGUACAUGGGCAAAUACAUUGACACAAAAAGACGUGCAAAAGUCGUUUAUAAAAUUCAACAAAAAAAACUCACUGAAGGCCUUUAAAAAGCCCUAAUGACCCAAACCUUUCUUUUUGCUUAAUAUUUGAAGAUCAUGUUAUGUAAUCUCGAAAUAUUCAUCUCAAAACAUACUUUUAUACUUAAUUUUUAAAAUUCAAUCGAAGUUUUUACUGGCUUCCACGAGUUAGCCGAUGGAAAUGGAUGCAUUCUAACACUUGGUAUUGUGCUAGGAUCACAAAUAGCAGCUGACAUGGCGGACCUAGGUCCAUCUGGUAUGACAAAUCUUUUUUUGUCGCAAAAGGAACGAUGCAAAGUAGAUAUACAUUAAAUUAUCGAACUGAAUAAACUUUGAUCACUGUGAAAUUUCAAAUCCGACUAAAAAUAAACUGUUCAAUUGCAUUGCUACUAAAUAGUCUACAAAUGAUAAUAUUUUCCAAAAUGAAAAUAUAUUUUUUUAUUCAAAAUGGGACUUUAAUUAACAGUGUUCCAAACCCGCUCCAGACUGCAUGGGGAUCCAAGAGGUCCGGAUCGCACCCUGCUGUCCUUUUUGAAUGUAGUCUUUAGCUCACUUUAUCAGAAGUAUCAGCCCUCGAUAGUUUUUAAGUACGCUUGUAACGAAGUAUUGUAACAUAUUAAAGAAAUUUAACCAAG